AUGUCGCAACCCACUGAAGCCCGCAUGGGCAACAUGCUGGCAUCAUCCGCCACAGGCACAACAUUCUUGAUCAUGAUUCAACUAGCGUCAAGAAUUUUCACUUUCGCGUCUAAUCAGUUGAUACUUCGAACACUGUCGCCGAUUGUGCUGGGAAUCGCUGCUCAAUUGGAACUCUACCAAGUCACCAUCUUGUAUUUCUCCAGGGAAAGCAUCCGCCUGGCUAUCCAAAGACAGCCCCUGACGCCAGUAUCAGCGCCAUCAUUAGACAGCAAAGAAAAUUCGAAAACGGAUGCAACCAAUUCACUAGAUCAGCUGGCUGUUUCGUCCCAGUCAGUGGUGAACGUAUCUUAUUUGAGUCUAUGUCUUGGUCUGCCCUUCACGAUACUGGUGACUUCGCUUUACCAGUAUUUUGCCCCGACGCAAGCAGCAGAUACGCCCUUUUUCCAGGCGAGUGUGGCCGUGACAGGAUUGGCUUCGCUCUUGGAGCUUUGCAUCGAGCCAUUCUUUGCGGUCAUUCAGCAGCGCAUGUGGUAUGAGAAACGAGCGGCGGUGGAAAUGCCCGCUGCUUUUCUCCGCAGUCUCGUAACGUGCUCGAGCUUUUUAUUUGCAUCACGCAUCAAUCAGCCUGCUGGUGCUUUGCCUUUCGCCCUGGGUCAUCUGAGCUAUUCUAUUGCCCUUAUCUGUGGUUAUUGCUGGACUAUGCUUCGAGGAGCUGAUGAGAGGCGCUUCACAUUUAUUCUCAAGAAGAUAAGAUCCAGUAACUCCUCGGAAUACCUCUGGGGGCGAUUCCCCCGCCAUCUCAUGUCGCUGGCUGCUAGUGUCUUUGUACAAUCGUUGGUGAAGCAUCUCCUCACCCAAGGUGACGCAAUGAUGCUUGCAGCUAUGUCUACCCUGGAAGAUCAAGGAAUUUACUCCUUGGCAGCAAAUUACGGAGGACUCGUUGCUCGUAUCAUAUUCCAGCCUCUGGAAGAAAGCAGUCGAAACCUGUUCUCGACCCUGCUCAGCCCAGAUGACCAAGGCAAACGAAAUGCGACUCAGGUCCGGGCGGCAAAGAAGCAUUUGAUCGACAUUCUCCGCGCUUAUCAACUACUUUCGGUUCUCAUUUUUCCAUUGGGUCCUUUAAUGGUGCCGCAGGUGCUUGGUCUAUUGGGUGGUCGACAGUGGGCCUCGACCAAAGUGGGCGAUCUGCUGUCGCUGUAUUGUUACUACAUCCCAUUUUUAGCAUUUAACGGCAUCACUGAAGCUUUCGUGUCAUCCGCGGCCAACCCAAAGGAGAUCCGGAACCAGACUGUCUGGAUGGGCGCGUUCUCGACCUGCUACGCCCUGGCAGCCUACUUGUUCCUGGAAGUUGGCUCUAUGGGUGCAUACGGACUUGUUCUGGCCAAUAUUGUCAACAUGGCUGUCCGAACUCUGUGGAGCUAUAGCUUCAUCCGAACUUAUCUGCACCGACAUGGUGAUGGCAUCCGUAUCAGUGAAGUGAGCAUGCGCCCUAUCACUUUCAUCGUUGGAGCCAUUGCAACUACGAUCGUGGCUAAGAAGGGAAUUUUGGAACCAAGUGGGGGUAUCAUGCCAGCAAUUUUAUUCAGUGGGGUCUAUGGGCUUUUGGUGUAA